UGAAGCAGAGCUACGCUCUAUUAGCAUUGUUUAGGUAACAACACGUAAUAGCUAAUGUAAAACAUAAGAGCGAACACUGUAAUAUAUAAGCACAUUAUCGAGUCGAUAUUCGGAGAAAGUCUAUAACGCCGUUGAUCUAUGUCCGCACUGGCUACCAUCACUACUUUCCUUCCCAGCCUGUGUGACGUAACUCUAUAAAAGAGAGUGCGGUGAAGACGCCGCCGCUAUAACGUUUCCGUUCGCCAGGCUCGGACAUAGCGUCCCGAUCACCGACACAGAAGGACGCGGGCGGAACAUCUUCCGCAAGAGCCCAUUAGGACUCAACAGUGAAAAGUCAAAAGAUACGAGAUGAGGUCAUUGUUGUUUUUAGCGGCGGUAUGCUGCUUAGUGUUGUUGGCUAGCAGUAGCCCCAUCAUCAGGUCUGCUGAGGGCGAGGUGAAGGAAGUUGGAAGACAGUCGGCCCCGGCCGCCGCCCCCGCAGCCUCCAGUGACGACGACGAUGAUGACGACGAUGACGACGACGAUGAGGGUAUCCCUGAUAUCACAGGCGAUGACGAUGACGACGACGACGACGACGACGAUGAUGAUGAAGACGAGGAAGCCGAUGAUGACGAAGAUGAUGAUUAUCUAGAAAGAUUCUUCGACGACAUCUUGGGAGGUGGAGAAGAUGACGAUGACGAUGAUGAGCCCGCAGCUGCACAGCCUGUCGUAGCCGCGGCUGACACUGUGGCCGCUGCUCCUGCUCCCGCUGCCGUCGCUUCAUCCGCUUCCGUCGAAGAAGUCGCUGCCGCUUCAGAAGAAGCCGAAGCAUCAGAAGGCGAACCCGCCGUGGAAGGAGACGAAUCUGAGGCUCAAAAAGAACCCGCGAGCGCUGAAGUAGAAACUCCUGUUGCCAGUUCGGAAGCCGCCGUCGCUAGCGAUGCCGAUGAUGAUGACGACGAUGAGGAAGAUAUCACCGACGCAUUAGAACCUGAAGAUGAUGAGGAUGAUGAUGAUGAAGAGGAAGACGAUGACGAUGAUGAAGAUGACGACAUUUCUGAUGCCCUCGGCAGGAAUAUCUCUUCCAAGCAUUCACGAGCACUAUCUGAUGAGCCGACUAAGAAACCAGCACCCGUGCCUGCAGUGUACAUAGUCAAAUACAAUAAAUUUGUUGAUAGUAUACUAGAAAAGAUGAAUGAUAUUUUGCGACGCUCCUAUGAUCCCGUGAGUGUGAAAUUGCAACCAAUUGAUGCAAGCAAAAAGUCAAAAUCAAAACCCAAAAAGAAUAAAAAUAAAACAAACAAAACGAAAAAUCAAAACAAGAAGAAGAAUACGGCGCGUGGUGGAGUUACUGAAAAGGUACCAGAAAACGAAAUUUCCGAAAAAGUCGAACAAACGAAUAAAGUAGAAGAACCAGUAAACGAGCAGAAACCUAAUACAGUCAGUGAAAAUGUUAUGUCAACAGAAACAAGAGCUUUAAAAGAUAAAUCUGGAAAUGAAAGCGGAAAAGCGAAGUCGACCACAGCAAAACCUAAGCCCAAGAAAACUACCAAGCCUAAACCUAAACCACCAGCAAAAGCACCGGUAAAGAACACGAAGAAGCCAUCAUCCAAUAAAGUUAAGACCAGUGAAAAAAGCAAGCCCAGGGCAAAGGGAACUCUAUAUGGGCUUUCAUCUUUAAGAAGAUCUGGCGAUGUAGCAGUCAGUAUUAUGUCAGACCAUACGACGAUAAAAAGUAAUUUCGCGGUUGGACCCCUGAUACUUCGGGUUGAAAAGGAAGUUGGACGUGGCGCAAAGAAAGAACUUAAAUCAGCUACAGCUACAACUGCUGAGAUGAACGGCAAACUUACUCUGCGCGUCAACAGUCAAGGCGUCGCUACAUUACAUUCUAUUAAAGUGUUGCAGCCUAAGCAGGUUCGAGUAGAUAGCAAUCAUGAGCGGACUCGUGAACUCGUUUGGCAAAGAAGUGCACGAAUUGCUCACGUUGUGUCUGAAAAGCUGAGAUCCGCUUCGAAGCCAAUGUUCUCUCACCAAACCGUCGUGAGGCAAUAAGUGACAAAAUAUGAUUUCCUGUAUCUUUUUUACUUUAUGUAGCUGGAUAAUUGAUUCGACGCAGUCUUUUCGCGUUUUUAUAAAAUAGAUUUAUACUACAUGAAUUUAAACUACGAGUUUCGGUAUAGUUCGGGAUAGUGAAAGGUUAUUUGAACAGAAGUUUUGAAAAUUGAUUGUGUCGAAUCGAUAAAAAAAUAGGAAUCAUCAUUCAUUCAUUUGCGUAUCAUUUUUCACAAAAUAUCAUCAAUAUUUAUAUUGCGAUUUAACGUCAUCAUUUCAUCCCAUUAAAACAUUUUGUGAAAACAUUUGAAUCACUAUAGUUUGUCGUUUUAGAAUAAAUAUUACUGUAGUUUUUUUACAACUAUAAGUUUAAGUAGCUGUAGCGUUUUCGAUACUCAUUGUAGAUAGAUUAUAGUCAGACAAUGCAUUUAUAUUGAAACUUAAGGUGCUAAGUUCUUUGAACUCUAUAUAAUUUAUUUUUUUAUAAUAAAGAUUUUAUAAGAA